UGUUACUGAUGACUCUUGACUGGUUUUGACGAACUUGUCUGCAAAAAUAUUGUUGUUCCCCAGAAAAUCAAUAAGAAAAAAAUAAAUAAAUGCUUUGACUCUUCUCUUUCGUUUCAUUCAACACGGAGGACGCCGAUUUAAUGCGAAGAUCUGUAACUCGCUGGGUUACCUGAGUUUACGAAGUAGGAAUGUAUCAAAACAGUUUACGGACUUAUUGUGUAUGACGUUAUGGGUUAGAGAAUGAGGUUCUCUUUUAAGAAGGCGUCUACGCAACCCAAGCUUUCUUGCAGAAUUUGAAGCUUCCUUCAGACUUCAGAGGAAUAUUCCCAACUCCCUUUAGGAGUUACUGUCUUGUAUAUUAGCCCGUUAAUAGCCCACUUUUCUAGAAGUUCGGUACAAAUAGCUAGUUUUCCUUUACUCUCCUUUCUUCCAUUCUAUAUUGAGAAGAAUUUACCAAGUUUUCAAGUGGAAAAUGAUGCCCUUGCACAUGAUUAGAAUGUCCUUGGCCUCAGAGGUCUCUUUCAGAGCAGAUGAAGGGAUAGAGAUAGGAUUGAAAGCCAAAUAUAAAUAGGGCUAUUUAGUAUGUUCACUAGUAAUAUAUUCUAUUUUGGAUAUUACUAUCAAAAGUCGUUUAAUUUCUCUUCAUCAAUAGGUCUCAAGCAAGCUUAUAAGUUGAAAGAAAGGAAGGUGGAGAGUGGAGAACAUCUCUUGCUUCCUCAAGUUCCAAUGGCAAUGGUGGAUAUUGAACUUACAUGUAUUGAUAGCGAUAAUGUUAUGAAGAUCCUUGAAGCUGAAGGUGUUGAGUUUCUUCUAUCUUGUGAAGGACAGGUACCCUUGUCAUCAUGCAAUGGGAAAACUAUCUGCCUUUUCUUCUCUGCAAACUGGUGCAGGCCUUGCAGAACAUUCAUGCCCCAUCUGGUUGAACUUUAUCACACAUUGAGAGAUAGGGGUGUAAGCCUAGAAAUUAUCUUCAUCUCCUUUGACCGUGAUGAGGAUGCAUUUCAACAACACUUUAAGAGUAUGCCAUGGCUGACCAUACCAUUUAAUGUUAAUUUGCACAGAAGACUCAUUGACAGAUACCGAGUAUAUCGAAUCCCAUCAUUCAUUCCAUUGUCCUCAAAGGGCAUCGCAGUAGAAGAAGACUGGACAAGUUGCAUUGAGGAUUAUGGUGCUGAAGCCUAUCCUUUCACAAAUAAGAGACGUGAGGAAUUGAAGGCCAUAGAUAAGAGAAAGCGCGAAGAAGCAAGUUUGGAAGAAUUGUUGAUUUAUGAAGGGCGCGACUUUCUCAUCUCCAUGGAUGACAAAAAGGAACCAAUAUCUGGACUGGCGGGAAAAACAGUAGGCCUCUACUUUUGUGCUUACUGGUCUCCUCCUUGCCGUUCCUUCACCGUCCAACUUACAGAAGUAUACAACGAUCUCAAGACUGCAAAAGACCACUGCUUUGAGAUUGUUUUGAUCUCAACGGACAGAAACAUCCAAGAAUUCAACGUGAACAGAAGUACUAUGCCAUGGCUUGCUAUUCCAUAUGAAGACAGAACAAGGCACGACCUUUGUAGAAUCUUUGAUAUCAAAGGGAUUCCAGCAUUAGUUCUCAUUGGCCCAGAUGGUAAGGUCAUAAGCAUGAAUGGGAAGUUUAUGGUAUGCACAUAUGGCGCAGAAGCUUUCCCAUUUACAGAAUCAAGGCUCAGGGACAUCGAAGCAGCUCUGAGAAAGGAAGGAGAGGCUUUGCCUCAAGAGGUUGAGGAUGUGAAGCAUGAACAUAUGCUGAAAUUGGAUAUGGCCAAAGCAUACGUCUGUGAUUUCUGUAAAAAACAAGGGAGGUUCUGGGCUUUCUCUUGUGAUCUCUGUGACUAUGACCUACACCCUAGUUGUGUUGAAAAAAAGGUGAACAAAGAUGAAAGCUUUUAAAACAAGACGACUACACUACACUUAUAAGUGAGAAACCAGAUUAUACAGACUGGCUAUUUUUUAUGGGGAAGAAAAGAAAGAAUUGAUUCAAGAAUCUGUAAAACAGUAUAACGUACUCGGAGACUACAGAAGAACAUCUUUAUUUGGUACUGUUCUGUUAAUAUUAAUAAAAGCUACCGUUUCCAGUUAUAA